UUUUAACGUUUAUUUAUUUUUGGGACAGAGAGAGACAGAGCAUGAACGGGGGAGGGGCAGAGAGAGAGGGAGACACAGAAUCUGAAACAGGCUCCAGGCUCUGAGCCAUCAGCCCAGAGCCUGACGCGGGCCUCGAACUCACGGACCGCGAGACUGUGACCUGGCUGAAGUCGGACGCUUAACCGACUGCGCCACCCAGGCACCCCAUGAGAGAGAGAAUCUUAAGCAGGUUCUAUGCACAGUGUGGAGCCUGACAUGGGGCUCCAUCCCAUGACCCUGGGAUCAUGACCUGACCCAAAACCAAGAGUCAGACACUCAACCAACCCCAAAAGCAAUUACAUAUUUUUAAAAUUGCUUUUAGGGGAAAAAUAUCUAAAGAAUGCAAAACUUGUCAAAAGUGUCAGUUAAUACACUUUUGUUAUUUUCAUCAAUCAUAUUCUAUCGGAGUUAAUGGAUUAUUGUUCCCCUCUUGUUGGAAAAAAAUCAGCUAGCUUAAUCAUUAAUUAUUUUUUGAAAUUUUUUGGCAAGUCAGUAAUUCAUUUGGAUUAUCAAGAGAAAGUUUAUAGUAUAAUGGGCUGAAUUCUCAAAAGUUGUUAAUCGUUGAAACUUAACUGCAUUCCAGAUCCAUACUGGCAGUGAGAAUGAACUUACUUAUGUGUUAUGAUUAUGGAUUUGAUUUCUCAUCUCAGCAGAUAAAAAACUGGAUGCCUCCCUGGUGCAUCUCAAAACUGAUCUGAAAGCUUACAAGACUAUUUAAAAUUUGAAUAUGAGGAAGACAUGGUUUGAGAAAUGCUGAUCUUGUUGAGCAGUGUCCUUGUGAAAUCUAUUAUUACUCCUGGAUGCAGCAGCUUGUGUAACUUGGACUGCUUCCCACAGAGAAGGAGUGUAAUUAGUAUGACCUCCACACGACAUGAAGGCACAGGCAGUGCUAUCUGUCAUCCUCACCCUUGCACCACCUCUAAGUGGAUUUCACGUUAUAUUGCUUUUGUCUUCCUCAAAUCUUGAUAAUAUUGAGGAGAAGCAAAUUGCCAUUGGAGGACUUGGUGAAGAUGUAAUUCACCCUUGCUUAUUUAAGAGUGCGCCUGAAGUAGUAGUUCAUUGGAAGAAUCAAGAGAGCUAUGUGCACUCAUACUACAAAGACCAUCUGGAAAGGCAAGAUCACAGAUACACAAACAGGACAUCCCUCUUUCAUAGAAAUGGAAAUGCCUCCUUAUCAUUUAGAAGAUUAAGCCUUCCGGAUGAAGGAAUUUACAUAUGCUAUGUGGGAACAGCAUCUAGAAACAUCAUAAACAAAGCGGUACUAAAGGUGGGAGCUUUCAUCACACCUGUGAUAAAGUAUGAAAAGAGGAACAGAGAUAGCUUCUUAAUAUGCAGUGUGUGAAGUGUUUAUCUUCAUCCACUUAUCACAUGGAAAAUGGACAAUACACCCACCUCUGAAAGCAAUAUGGAAAAAACUGAGUCUUUGGGUUUUUAUAUAAAUAGUAUGAUAAAUAUUACAGGAUCAAAUUUAUCUUAUGAAUGUGCUACUGAAAACUCAUUGCCGAAACAAACAUGGACUGGGGAUUGACAAUGAAAGGUAGGCUCCAUGGGGCUUUCUGUGUGCAUGUGCUAUGUCCCAGGUUGGGAGGGAAUUAGGAUUGAUUUACAGGGAAAGAAGAGAGCACAAAAGAAAGAAAAUGUAUCUGCACCAGUUAGAGGACCAAAACAACAGUCCCAGGUCUGAUAUAUACUGGCUUUGUUAUCUUAAGCAACCAUUUUUAGCUCUAAGCACUAGCUCCACAUUGGUAAGACAGAAGUAAUUCUACCUGUUAGGUGUUUGUGUUGAAGGAAACAUUUUUAAAGUGGAAAGUAGCAAAUAUACACAUGAAUAUUAUAUUUCUCUAUUAUUUGUCCUCUAAAUAGGAUUUCCUACCUGCAUUGCACUUCAAAAGAUGAGAGGAUACUUGCCUAUUAAGUUACAAUCUGUGAUGUUUGCCAUUCUUUCCACUAAACAAAAAUUAAUUAGUAUUGCCUCUGUUUAUUCUCUUUACAUAGUAUUAUCCUAUUAAGCUUUAUCAACAGCACUAUCAUAGCGUGAACAGUUCUUGAUACUCUUUCCUCUUAUUUAUUUGAAAAAAUCUAAAUUUUGACCAAUCUCUAAAUCUACUAUAAUCUACUCUAAUAACCUACUAUUUAAGAGAAAGAGAAAUUAAUUUGAUAUUUCUUAUCCAAUUCUAAGGGAAAAUGUUUUAUAUUUUAGAAGCAAAGCAAAAUUUCUUUAGUAAAUCUCCAUUAUAUGGAGAAGGUAGAGGUUAGCUGCUCUCCUUUAUGGGCUUCUUUCCUGAGUCUCGUAUUCUCCAAGUGCUUGCCAAGAAGACCCUGAAUUAUGAGUGAUUCACCAACUUUACAUAAUUUCAGCAUUGAAGGCAGGGACACCCAGUAUUCACUUUUCCAGGCAGUAAUGGGAAUAUGGAAGAGUGUUGAAAAUGUUGAUGUUAAAUUGUAAAUACUUUCUAUGGAAAAUUGUAUUUUCUCACAUUUAUUCAGAAUUGAGUAUGCAGAAGCAUCUACAGUUUCUUAAGCUCAGUGCUAUUUCCUCUUGUUGAGGAUUUUUUUAUCUGCCAAGUUUGUUGCUCUCAGACUGUGAACUUAAGAAUGGGGGCUUCUGGGUGGCUCAGUCGGUUAAGCAUCUGACUUCGGCUCAGGUCAUGAUCUCACGGUUUGUGGGUUUGAGCCCCGCAUCAGGCUCUGUACUGAAUGCUUGCUCAGAGCCUGGAGCCUGCUUCAGAUUCUGUGUCCCCUCUCUCUGCCCCUCCCUGCUAGCACUUUGUCUUACUCUCUCAAAAAUAAAUAAAUGUAAUUUAAAAAAAUUAAAAAAAAAAAGAAUGUGGACUCUUACUCAUUUCUGGAUCCACAGCAUCUAGUAAAAACAUGUAAAAAUUAAACUAGGAAGACAGCAUAGCAAAGGGAGCAAUUAAUUCUGUUUACUAUGAUUGGAUAUAAAUGGUGUUGUUAGAGAAUAUAUGCUUAAGGAGUUUGCAUAGGGCAGAAGUUUAAAAGAAAAUUAGGAAUUUCCAGAGGACAUAGGCAUUCCAGGUUAAAAACCACAAAAGCACAAAGGAGUAAAUAUUGCCUGAAUUUGUAGAAGUAUAAGUGGUUGAGGGUAAAGCUAAAGUAGCAAGAGAUAAGCCUGGAGAGGGAGGCAAAAAUCAGAUGAAAGGCCUUGGUCUCGCUAAGUAGCUUGACCAGGGUCCCGGAGGAAGGAAGUGUGGAGCCAAAGAAGGAUUUGAGGCAUCAAAGAGACCCAGAUUUGCAUUUUAGAUGGCUCACUUUGGCAUCAGUCUCUUGCAGGUGGAGUGUGAAGUAAGUCUAGAGCCUAGGGAGAGAAUUCAUGGUAAUCCACAGAGGUCAGCUACCAAACUGCAGAAUAGGAAGGACAAGAUGCAGCUAGGUUGGAGGGGCAAGCCGAGCACACCUAGCAUAGUCUCUGCUCUAACAGAGCUCAGUCCAGUGGGGGCUUACCUCCACAUAGCUGGAAAUAUACUAUUAAUGUGCAGGAAAAGGGACUUUGUGCAGAAAGAGCAAUUAAGAAGUGGUUGAGACCACACAAGUAACAGAGACUACUAGGGAGUAGAUGGUGACAAGAGGGGAGUUCUGGGGAAUACCAGCAUUUUAGGUGUCAACAGAAGAACAUUGAGUUUGAAAGGCUGGUGGCAACAUUCUUGAGUGCUCACUAUAGGGCUAUAGGAGUUGGAAACAAGGAGUGAAACCUCGCUGGCUGGCCCAGGUUUAGGUCUCCUCAAAAGUCUAAACUUAACCUUGGCAAGUGUUAAAAUGAUGGUAGCACAGCUUUUCUUCCAAGAAAUGCAUUUCCAAAGAUAUUUCUCAAAGCAUUUCUAAGUGUAACUUAGAAAAUUCAUUUGAAAAUUGUAUUUUCAUUGAUGUUUCCUUUUCUAUCCUGUUAUUAGAUGACCUUCAUAAAAUGCAGGGUGAAAAUGUUGCACUCUCAUGUAAACUUGUGAACAGUAUUUUUUUUUUUUUUUUUUACUGAACCAAGAUUUCUUUUUUUUUAUUAAAAAAAUUUUUUUUUAACGUUUAUUUAUUUUUGAGACAUAGAGAGACAGAGCAUGAACGGGGGAGGGUCAGAGAGAGAGAGGGAGACACAGAAUCUGAAACAGGCUCCAGGUUCUGAGCUGUCAGCACAGAGCCCGAUGAGGGGCUUGAACUCACGAACCGCGAGAUCAUGACCUGAGCCAAAGUCGGACGCUUGACCGACUGAACCACCCAGGUGCCCCUGAACUAAGAUUUCAUAGUCACUUGGUCCAGAGUGGAAAAGGAGAUCUCCUCCAUCCUGGCUCACUUUCUGAGCUCCUCACAAGAUAACAACUAUCAGUGAACCCUGAUUUUCAUGGAACAAAGACCUAUCAGUGAACCCUGACUUUCAUGGAACAAAGACCUAAAAAAACAAAGUGACUUCUCUUUGACUUUGAAGGAUCUUAGCCUUUCAGACAGUGAGGAAUACUUAGGCAAUAUUUCUUCAAGCAAAUAUAGCUUACUCACCAUCCAAAUGCUGCAUGUUGUAGGUAAG